AUGUCUGGCCGGAAGCUCGGGGGAGGCCGGAUUCUGGGGAGCGGCAAAGGCCUGGCCCCGCCGUCUCCAACUCACCCAGCCCGACCCCGAGCUGCCAGCCCCUUUGAGCCAUCAGACAGCAGCACUAUCUCCUUCAACUCGCCGAAUUCGAUAUCCCCCCCUUCAUCGAGUCCGUUGCCCGACUCUCAAGAUCUCGCAUCCAACAUCCGCCUCGGUCGAUCCUCCAAUGACAUCCCAUCCACCUCCAGGCUCGUCUGCCCCAUCUGCAACGAGGAGAUGGUGACGCUGCUCCAGCUCAACAGACAUAUCGACGACGAACACCAGGAGCUUGCCGAAGCAGAGCAGGACGAGGUCAAAACAUGGUUCGACAAGCAAGUCUCGAAGGCGAAGCGAUUCCAGCCUCUUACCCUCAUCAAUCAGAAGCUUCGCGGCCUCGACGUCUUCGAGUCCAACGAGUCCCAGCCGUUACAUGCCCCUGCCAGCGCUGGCCCAAAGCCCGUCGAGCCCUUCAUCGACCCGGAAGAGCUAGUCACAAGGAAGCAUUGGCAGAGGCCCACUGCCAACGACGUCUGCACAGAUCCGCCAUGCGGGAACAAGCUGGGUCCGCUGAACGGCAGCAUCAACUGCAGGAAAUGUGGGAGGCUGUUCUGCGAGGAGCAUACCAUGUAUCAGAUGAAGCUGUCCAGGUCUGCACAACACGAGCCGGUUCGGGGGGUUUGGUGCAGGGUUUGUGAGACGUGUUACAAGUCGAGAGUUGGAUAUAACGACCACAACGGAGUCCUGCAGGACCACACAGACGCGUUCGUUGCCAUCCGGAGGAAGAGGGUGGACCGGCAAAACCUGGAGAUCCAGAGGCUGGAGAAGCGACUCACCAAGCUGACGAGAUUACUGGUGGAUGCACCUCCGGAAGCAGCAGGAGGAGGGGGUGGCCUGCUCUCGCCGGUAGCGUCCUUAGCCGGGCAGCGGAACCAGAGGAAGCUGCUGGAGCAAUCGGUCGUGGCGUGGGAGGACGAUGCGUCGGUCCCCAAGUGCCCCUUCUGCCAGCAAGAGUUUGGGUCGUGGACAUUCAGGAGGCAUCACUGCAGGAUAUGCGGGCGGGUAGUAUGCGCUGAUCCGCAGACGGGCUGCUCCAGCCAGGUCGGCCUGAACGUUGCAAAUCCGACGUCUUCCCCUACGUCAUCCUUCUCGGAAAAGCAAUCCUCGGCGACGGCCCCCCAGUUGAGUCUUGAUAUCCGCAUGUGCCGGGACUGCAGAACCACACUUUUCUCGAAACGCGACUUCUCAGAAUCGAUUGCCCACAAGCCGCCUGACCAGCGGGCCUACGAGACACUCCGACAGUUUGAGCGAGGCAUUCAGCUGCUGUUGCCUUCGUUUCAGCGGACUCUACUCGCCCUUCAGGCCUCCGACGGCGAGACCGGCCUACAUAGCCAGACCCCUCCCACACACAACCAGAUCCAGGAGGCGGCAAAGAUCCGCAAGAGGCUGAUAGGCAGCUUCACCAAGUAUGACAUGGCCGCGAGGCGGGUCAGGGACCUAAAGUCGAGCAGCCCAACACAGCUGAGGUUGCAGAAGGCCAUCUACGCGGCUGCAUCGUCGUUCCUCCACGCCUACAUGCUGCCCCUGAAAAGCGUGCCCCGCAUGCUCAACCCGCCGUCGUCUAACCACCGCCGUCUCCUGUCGGGCCUCAACGGGUCGUCGUCGCACCACCUCUCGCCGCUCCGCAACGGCGAGUCGGCCGGGUCGUCGUCGGUGGGCGGCGACGCGGAGACGGCGAGCCUGGGCGGCGCGAGCGAGGCGUCGGCGGGGUCGGCGUCGGCGACGGCGCUCGAGCUGGAGGAGAAGGAGGUGCGCGAGAAGCUGGUGGUGCUCGAGGAGCAGCGGUUCCUGGUGCAGGGCAUGGUCGACGGCGCGAGGGGCGCACGCAGGGCCGAGGAGGUGGCGGCGCUGACGCGGAACCUCGGAGAGCUGGACGGGGAGAUCGCCGCGCUCAGGGGGCGCGUCAGCGGGGUUGAGGAGAGGUGGGAGGGCUUGUACGCGGCGGGGGGUGUGGAGUAG